CUUUCGCUCUGAGGGGGACAUCAGUGAGAGACCACCGAACAGGAUGCUCACUCAAAACAUCACAGGGAAGCUGAAGUAUCUGCGCUGUGUGUCUGGAAACGUUCUGGAUUCAGACAGGGACUUUUUGAGAAAGCUGAAAGAACGAAUGCUCAGCCUGAAGGAGGUGUUCAGUGUGGAGGAGUGCGACUUCAUUCUGCUUUUCUGUUGUGUUGCUUCUCGAGCUGAAAAUAAUAUUGUAGAAACGCUGAAGAAACUGCGGCACGUUUCAGACUCCAAGCCUGCGGUUCUAGUGGUUCUCCACCACACAUUCGACCCAGACUGCACUGUUCCAGACAGCAGCAGCGCAGUAACCAGAGAGAGAACUCUCACUGUGGACUGUCUGUUCCACGAGGACCGAGGACUCCUGAGAUGCCAGGCGAAUCAGGACGCUUUGCAGACCGUUAAACGAUGGAUAAAAUUUCAGGUAAAACAUCAACAUCAAUCACAGACACCAAAGAACAAAGCUCUGUACUUCCAGAAUUCCUUCUUUGCUCAGAUUAGAGAGAAAUUCAAAGGAAAAGCACAAGCUGCACCAAUGUGUGCAGAAAUAACAGACAGGAACAAACAACUUCAACUUCAACUUCAGAACAAGAGCAAAUCUCUAGAAGAAACGGACGCACUUCUUAGAAAGAUAAAGGAUAUAUUGGCACCAAUUAUCAAUGAAAACCACAGAAACCUGGAAGAAACACAACUCACAUGUCUGAGAGGUCUUCUGAUUGAAAUAGAUAAGGAGCUGGAUGGCAGAGCCAGAGAGGAGAAAUCCACUGAAAAGACACUGAUGACAACAGUAAGGGAGAAUAAGCCACAAAGAAAUAUGCAGCUCCAAAGCAUGAAUGAGAACAACACCAUGCAACUACUGAGCAUGGACGGGAGUAACAGCACGCAACUACUGAGCAUGGACAUGAGUAACAGCACGCAACUACUGAGCAUGGACAUGAGUAACAGCACGCAACUACUGAGCAUGGACAUGAGUAACAGCACGCAACUACUGAGCAUGGACAUGAGUAACAGCACGCAACUACUGAGCAUGGACAUGAGUAACAGCACGCAACUACUGAGCAUGGACAUGAGUAACAGCACGCAACUACUGAGCAUGGACAGGAGUAACAGCACGCAACUACUGAGCAUGGACAGGAGUAACAGCACGCAACUACUGAGCAUGGACAUGAGUAACAGCACGCAACUACUGAGCAUGGACAUGAGUAACAGCACGCAACUACUGAGCAUGGACAGGAGUAACAGCACGCAACUACUGAGCAUGGACAGGAGUAACAGCACGCAACUACCGAGCAUGGACAUGAGUAACAGCACGCAACUACCGAGCAUGGACAGGAGUAACAGCACGCAACUACCGAGCAUGGACAGGAGUAACAGCACGCAACUACCGAGCAUGGACAUGAGUAACAGCACGCAACUACCGAGCAUGGACAGGAGUAAAAGCACGCAACUACCGAGCAUGGACAGGAGUAACAGCACGCAACUACCGAGCAUGGACAUGAGUAACAGCACGCAACUACCGAGCAUGGACAGGAGUAACAGCACGCAACUACCGAGCAUGGACAGGAGUAACAGCACGCAACUACCGAGCAUGGACAUGAGUAACAGCACGCAACUACCGAGCAUGGACAGGAGUAAAAGCACGCAACUACCGAGCAUGGACAGGAGUAACAGCACGCAACUACCGAGCAUGGACGGGAGUAACAGCACGCAACUACCGAGCAUGGACGGGAGUAACAGCACGCAACUACUGAGCAUGGACAUGAGUAACAGCACGCAACUACUGAGCAUGGACAUGAGUAACAGCACGCAACUACUGAGCAUGGACGGGAGUAACAGCACGCAACUACUGAGCAUGGACAUGAGUAACAGCACGCAACUACUGAGCAUGGACAGAAGUAACAGCACGCAACUACUGAGCAUGGACAUGAGUAACAGCACGCAACUACUGAGCAUGGACGGGAGUAACAGCACGCAACUACUGAGCAUGGACAUGAGUAACAGCACGCAACUACUGAGCAUGGACGGGAGUAACAGCACGCAACUACUGAGCAUGGACAUGAGUAACAGCACGCAACUACUGAGCAUGGACAUGAGUAACAGCACGCAACUACUGAGCAUGGACAGAAGUAACAGCACGCAACUACUGAGCAUGGACAGGAGUAAAGGCACACAACUACUGAGCAUGGACAGGAGUAAAGGCACACAACUACUGAGCAUGGACGGGAGUAACAGCACGCAACUACUGAGCAUGGACAGAAGUAACAGCACGCAACUACUGAGCAUGGACAUGAGUAACAGCACGCAACUACUGAGCACGGACAGGAGUAACAGCACGCAACUACUGAGCAUGGACAUGAGUAACAGCACGCAACUACUGAGCAUGGACAGGAGUAAAGGCACGCAACUACUGAGCAUGGACAGGAGUAAAGGCACGCAACUACUGAGCAUGGACAGGAGUAAAGGCACGCAACUACUGAGCAUGGACAGGAGUAAAGGCACGCAACUACUGAGCAUGGACAGGAGUAAAGGCACACAACUACUGAAUAUGGACAGGAGUAAAGGCACACAACUACUGAGCAUGGACAGGAGUAAAGGCACACAACUACUGAAUAUGGACAGGAGUAACAGCACGCAACUACUGAGCAUGGACAGGAGUAAAGGCACACAACUACUGAGCAUGGACAGGAGUAAAGGCACACAACUACUGAGCAUGGACAGGAGUAAAGGCACACAACUACUGAAUAUGGACAGGAGUAACAGCACGCAACUACUGAGCAUGGACAGGAGUAAAGGCACACAACUACUGAGCAUGGACAGGAGUAAAGGCACACAACUACUGAGCAUGGACAGGAGUAACAGCACGCAACUACUGAGCAUGAAUGAGAACAACAGCACGCAACUACUGAGCAUGGACAGGAGUAAAGGCACACAACUACUGAGCAUGGACAGGAGUAAAGGCACACAACUACUGAGCAUGGACAGGAGUAAAGGCACACAACUACUGAGCAUGGACAGGAGUAACAGCACGCAACUACUGAGCAUGGACAGGAGUAACAGCACGCAACUACUGAGCAUGAAUGAGAGCAACAGCACGCAACUACUGAGCAUGGAUGAAAUCUACACGUCAGAUUCCCUUUCAGACAGUGUGGGAAGUUUUCUAGAAACAAUGCUAACAAAAUGCAAGGAAAGCAGGCAGAAGGGCAGCUGGCUUAAUGCCUCAUGUGUUGAACCUCCUCAACACACACCUAACAGCAGCAUGCAGCACCCUGGGGAGGAUGAGAUGCCUACAUCUGAUAGUGAAGACACAGAACUUUGGGUGUAGAAUGGCUCUAUUACAGGAUCGUCCCACGACCAGUUUCCAGGACAGCGGGAGUGUCGGACAAAUAGAUGAAUAUACUUGUCUGAUGAGACGAGUGGAAACAGAGGGCGAGCUAAUUAUUCCACAGAGCAGAACCAGAGCGUUCUGGGCGGCGUCAGCUCUUCACAAAUCGUCAUUUUACCACAAUACCUUAAAUGUGCUGGUUUCCUAGCAGAGUAGAUCACCAAGGCAGUGAGUAUUUCAGAACCAGCAGCUACACUAAUCCACGUGUUCAGCUCUAAGAGGGACCUGCGAUAGAUUCCCAGCUGAAGAACAUGGGGUGUUUUGUGUUCCCUGCACCCCAAUAUGGCUAAGAAGUGAGUAGCUACAUUAGCUGCUAAAAUAAGCAUCACACCGCAUGGCUUACUGACACCAAGAGUCUUAAGUGUUGUUAUUGUACAAAUAUUAAAAUAUAAAAUCACACUUUCCGAGGACGUCAAGGAGCUUAUUAACGCCAAAUAAUAAGUGUUUCAGUUUAAUGUCUUUCACUGAACUUCACUGCGCGUGUGGCGUACAGACGGCUACAGCGAUGACAGCAGCAGUGUUAGCGGUGGUGGUUCCUGCAGACUGGUUC